AUGAGCUGUAUCAAAGCCCACUUUGAUGGAGAGGAUCAGAAGGGACUUCACAGCUGCCCUCAAUGCAGGAAACACUUCAUACCGAGGCCUGUCCUGGUAAGAAACACCAUGUUAGCUGAUUUAGUGGAGCAGCUGAAGAAGACUGGACUCCAAGCUGCUCCUGCUGAUCACUGCUAUGCUGGACCUGAAGAUGUGGCCUGUGAUUUCUGCUCUGGGAGAAAACUGAGAGCCAUCAAGUCCUGUUUGAGCUGUGUGGCCUCUUACUGUGAGGAACACCUUCAGCCUCAUUAUGAUGUGGCUUCGUUUAAGAAACACAAGCUGGUGGAGCCCUCCAAGAAGCUCCAGGAGAACAUCUGCUCUGUCCACGAUGAGGUGAAGAAGCUGUUCUGCCGCACUGAUCAGAAGUCCAUCUGUUAUCUCUGCUCUGUGGAGAAGCAUAAAGGCCACCUCACUGUUUGCAUCAAAACCCACUUUGAUGGAGAGGAUCACAAGGGACUUCACAGCUGCCCUCAAUGCAGGAAACGCUUCACACCGAGGCCCGUCCUGGUAAGAAACACCAUGUUAGCAGCUUUAGUGGAGCAGCUGAAGAAGACUGGACUCCAGCCUGCUCCUGCUGACCACUGCUAUGCUGGACCUGAAGAUGUGGCCUGUGAUGUCUGCUCUGGGAGAAAACUGAGAGCCAUCAAGUCCUGUUUGAGCUGUGUGGCCUCUUACUGUAAGAAACACCUUCAGCCUCAUUAUGAUGUGGCUUCGUUUAAGAAGCACAAGCUGGUGGAGCCCUCCAAGAAGCUCCAGGAGAACAUCUGCUCUGUCCACGAUGAGGUGAAGAAGCUGUUCUGCCGCACUGAUCAGAAGUCCAUCUGUUAUCUCUGCUCUGUGGAGGAGCAUAAAGGCCACCACACAGUGUCAGCGGCAGCAGAAAGGACUGAGAGGCAGAGAGAGCUGCGGCAACAAAUCCAGCAGAGAAUCCAGAACAAAAAGAAAGAUGUGAAGCUGCUCCAGCAGGAGGUGGAGGCCAUCGAUCAUAGGCUCCUCCUGAGGGCCUCCUCCUCCUCCUGCUCCUCCCGGUUCAGCAGGAGGAACUCCCGGCGGCGCUGUGGCUUCAGGCUCCCGGAGGAGAAAACGCGCCCCUCAAUGCUCCGGAAAAUCAGGGCCAGGGAGCGGGGCAGCAGCCCCACGUCCGCCUCCGGGCCUGGGGGGGGGGGUCACAGAGAGCGGAGCUCCUCCCUGAGGGGCGGAGUCCCCCUGAAGGCGGGGCCUUUACCUAAGAAGGUGAAGGUCUUCCCGGCGUUGGAGACUCCGUAG